GCACAUGGCACAACAACAAACAUAAUGGCCGCACCAUCGGAUGCAGAAAUCAAGUCGGCUUUGGCAGACAUUUUACGCGAUGGUGAACUCUCUCAGCUAACGUCAAGAAUUGUUCGCGGUCAACUUGAGGUCAAAUUUGGUGUCAGCUUUCUUGCCCGUAAAAAAGAAAUUGAUAAAAUGAUGAUGGACAUGAUCACAAGUCAGGAAAAGUCAACAGAAGGUGAAGAUGAUAAAGAAGAGGAAAGUGGAACCUCUGAAGUAAAUGGAGUGAAACAGGAACAGGAUGACGAAGAAGACGAAGAAUCAUCAGAGGAUGAUGAACCCUCACCAAAGAAAAGGAAACAGUAUAACAAGAAGCAGUCCAGUGAAAGCGAUGAGGGCAGUGAUGAUGAUGGUGAUGAUGAAACUCAUGUCUUAGAUGAUGAAGAACUAGCUCGCAAACUUCAUGAAGAUGAAAAAAAUAAGCGAUCACGAAAGCCACCAAGUGGAGGCUCAGCAAGGAGACCAGUAGAAAGGAGAAAGCCAGCAAAAGCUAAGAAACCUAAAGAAAGCAGUGGAGAGAGAAGAGGGUUUACAAAGCCACUGCUGUUGUCACCACAACUUGCAGAAGUUGUUGGUGAAGAAAAGAUGGCCAGGAGUGAUGUAGUGAAGAAAAUGUGGGAAAUUAUAAAGGAGCGAAAACUAGAGGAUCCUAAAAAUAAAAGAUUUACAAUUUGUGAUGAACAACUGCAGCAAGUGUUUGGUCGCAAAAGGAUAUUAACAUUUGGAAUGAUGAAACAUUUGAAAAGACACUUCAUAGAGCCUGCUGAAAUUUCUUAAAUUACAAUUUAGGGAAUCAAGUGCAACUUGAAACAUUGCAAUGUCUCUGGAGACUAACCUUACCCAAGAUCAAUAAUUUAUAACAAAUUUUAGUCAGAACUUUUAAAAGCAAAUGCUAUUGUUGUAUUUGCAUUCACUAUCUACUUCUUAUCUUUUUUUCUCAAAGAUAUUGUUUUGCAUUAAAAUACAGUUUGUUACUUGUUAAGUAUCUUUCAUUAUCAACUAGUUUCAUUAUAGAGUCAGAACCUCAGUAAUCUUCAGCCAAUCAGAAUAAAGGAAAUUAGAGAUGUGAACACCAAGAGUGACCUUGUUGUUCCCACAAUUUUUGUUUGCUGGCUGUGCUUUGCCAUUUCUACAGGAAAGUAAGCUGUUUUGCAUUUGCCAUGUAAGAUUUUCUUCACUUUUUCUGUUGGAGUAGAAGUUGGUUGACAGAAAAAGGUCAUCUAAACUAAUCCUUGGAAGUUAUACAUGGGUGUCUUUAAAUCCAUUAUAAUAAUUAUGAUGGAUUAGUUCACCAGUGUUUUUAACGUGUACAGGCGAUUUGUAUUUAAAUUGUAUUAGCUUUAGAUUUUCUUAUAGAUAAUUUUAGGCCAAUAUAAUGUUACUAUAAUUUAUGUAGGCUUUGUAACUGAAAAACCCAGCUUGGGAGUUGCAAUAAACAUAUGUAUAAACUUGCACACAUCUAAAGCAGCAAGGUUUUCUGCAAUGCAGUGCUAAUUCUCUCUAUUAUCACCAGUCAAUGAGGACACUCGAUGUCAAACUAUGAAAGUGCAAGCCUCUGAUUGGUUGAGUUCAGUUCUCAAGCAAACCACCAAAGUUUUGUGGUUAACACCUUUAAAACAACUGUUAAACCAAGACAGCUCUUAUGAAGUC